AUGGCUAAUUUUGAGCCAAACGCCAUCAUUCGAGGAGCACAGCUCACUCUUGUGGGAGCACAUCGAGCCCUCCAGAACCCGGAGCUGUUUACAUCUGAGCACUACAGACAAGCUGCUCUUGCUGUGGUAGCUGGCAUUGCAAUCCGCAUGAUCGUUUCCAUCCCGAUUAUAAUGAUCAAGUCUAUCAUAUGGAUAGUCUCCUUCAUGGUUGACCUUCAAGCCGCAACAUGGGACGACAAAUUACUCAGUGGGCUUGACUUUAUUGCCAACUAUGUGCUGCAGGUUCCAUUUCUGCUGAUGACGCUGAUGCGAUAUCUCACACCGACCCUGGAUAAAGUUUUUAUGGAAUCCGUCAGGUGGGUAGACUCGACAUAUAUCCAAAAACACAAGUCCGAUAACCCGGAGAAACUACGGGCAAUGUACUAUCCGAAUUUGGUCUUGUAUUCAAAUAAACGUGACCGGCAAGUCGGCGACACAGCUGCCGCACUCCGGUCCUUUUUUACUCGGUAUGGACGGCGAACCGCCUUAUCCCUCGCCGUUUAUUUGCUUUCCCUGUUGCCGGUAGUUGGGCGGUUCGUGCUUCCCGCAGCCAGUUUCUACACUUUUAACAAAGCUGUGGGACCCGUGCCAGCAACUUUUAUCUUUGGAUCUGCGCUCGUCUUUCCCAGACGAUACCUUGUUGUGUUUCUGCAAAGCUACUUUGCAUCACGCAGCUUGAUGAGAGAACUGCUGGAACCAUACUUCGCUCGCAUUAGGUUUACCAAACAACAGCGAAGAAAGUGGUUUUUAGACCGUGAGGGCGUGCUGUUCGGAUUUGCGUUUGGGUUCUACGUACUGAUCAAGAUCCCAUUGGUUGGCGUCCUCCUUUAUGGAGUGGCGGAGGCGUCAACGGCGUAUCUGAUUACCAAAAUCACAGACCCGCCUCCACCGCCAGCAGACGCUGGGAAGUUCAAGGAGAGCCAAAUUCGGUGGACUAACAAGCACAUGUUUCUGAAACUACCGAUCGGAUCCUUGGAUCAAUAUAACAUCCCAGAUGAUGACGAACCUGAGCAUUCGAAGGGGGAAUUGCCACAAAAGAGGUUCAGCUGA